AUGAAGCUUUUGAAGGAAGAUAUCCGCUGUCUCGAGGACUCAGCCGACCUUGAAAAGAAGCGCUUGAAAGCAGAACGAAUGGCAAGGCAGAAGGCGCGAGAUGACCGUGAGCUCAGAGCUGCAGGAAUUGUUCCGCUCAUUGUUCGCCGGGAAGAGAAAGAUGACGAGGACGACGAAAGAGCGAAUGAGGACAGUGACGACGACGUUUUUGGAUCUUCAGCGAUGACGGGAGCAUCUACCCGUCGUCGGGGAGAUAUUUUUCCUGCGGGAGAAAGCCGGCGGGAUAUAUCGUGGAUUUGGAAGUCCUCGGGCUCUUCUGACGAGACGACCAUCAGUCAAGAACGAGAAGAGGCUCUGCGCAUAGAAUGGGCAAAGGCAUGGGCACGCAUGCGUCAUUGGAGUGAGGAGGUCCGGAUUUUGCAAGAGGAGUGGAGGCGGGUUAUUGUGUCGAUGAACUUCGAAGCUGAGGAAUGGCUGAAGCGAGCCUCAUUCGUUCCUACCACCUCGGCUGAUGGUGAGGGCAUAAGUGCAUAUGCUCACAAGCAAGCCGACAUGUAUCGCAAGCUUGCCCUCCGCGCCGAGGUUGUUCGCACUCAACCCAAGCUCAGGAAGGGUGUUCGGAGGCCAUCUGCUGAUGUCGAGUUGCCAGAGGACGAAGGUGAUGGGGUCAUCGAGCUGGAUCAUGAUGAGAAUGAGCUGGGCAAUGGGAGUGAUGACGAUGAAGAGGAGGAUGACAAUGAGCAGGAGGACAUUAAUAAUUGA